AUGGGCUGUGGUGUGCUGAGUGAAGCCGGGUGCCAUUGGAAUCAUACUACAGCUACUGCUUCUAUCGCUUCUACUGCUGCUACUGCUGCUACUGCUGCUGCUACUGCUGCUGCUACUGCUGCUUCUAUCGCUUCUACUGCUGCUACUGAUGCUACUGAUGCUACUGAUGCUACUGAUGCUACUGAUGCUACUGAUGCUACUGAUGCUACUGAUGCUACUGAUGCUACUGAUGCUACUGAUGCUACGGAUGCUAUUAAUGCUACUACUGCUACUACUGCUACUGUCAGAUGUCAAGCGAGGGGUCAAGCGGAGAGAGCCAAAUCCGUAACAUCACACGUAGGACUGAUGCAGAUGAACAUAAAAAAGGCACACUUCACCAGAGGAAAGAGCGCGCGAGGCGCGAUGACGAAUCAUACGCUAUACCGCGACUACUCCGAACAAUCUUUUGACCCAGACUUCCUCGAAUGGCCAUCAUACGUCCUACUCCAUGCCAUGUACGGCGACAAGAUGCACAACCCAUACGUAGCAGCCGUAGUGAGGAAAUGGGCAUCGUUGGUCAUCAAGGACCACCACCCGAAAGCUACACGCUACGUGGCCGAAGACGCAGAAACCACGAGCGAGGAGGACACUGAAGAUGAGAGAGACGAGGACAAAGAAGCUCUUGAACCAGACAAUGGUGCCGGCACCAGGAGAGGGGUUCUCAAUAUUGAUUCGCCAGCCAGUCCAGUUGGCUAA